UUCGUAGUUCCGCACGUAGGUUAGUGCGCCCAAAACAGGGGCCUGUCCGUUGCCGCGUCGUGGCAUGCAUGGUAAUUCGUUUUCAUCUUGUUGUCUAGAGGAGAUACCCAGCAGUUUUUGAGGGCCACAUUGCCAUUGUUACCUCUGCGAAAUAAAGAUUUGUGGUAUAUGUAUCAAUUCCAGCAUCUAUCUGCCAGGUCGCCCUCAGUUACCGGUGGAUCGCUCCGGUCGUUUCUCCUAGUUCACGACUGAAACUAGAACUGCAAAGUCCUUCUUAUUCGAUGGUGAUCCCACGGCUCCUGAUGCUUAUAAGAUUGCUUUGGUGAAGUAGAUGUCUGCCCCAUUUUUGAAUGCAAACCGGACUCUUGGGGGGCCGGCACCCAUUGAGGACGUCCUUGCUCUCUGAAAAUUCGUAAACGGCCGCAAUGACUCCUUUUCGACUUCAGAAUGCCUUUCUCUCGCUGUGAAAUCUCCUUUUCUUUUUGUACAACAUAGAUGUCGCCAGCAGCUGCUGGGCGACCUGUCCGUUGCCACGGUAAAUGUAACCGACCGAUGUGGCCAGCUUUCGCCUUUUUCUGUCAUGUUCACGCGAUUGUCAGUAUGGCCUUCUCUGUUUUGUUACCUGUUCACGUGAAUGUCGACAAAACUUCUUUCUUGUUGAAUGCACUUCUUUUCUGAGACGGACCAAGAUCCAUGCCUCGUCUUCCAUCCAGGGUGACUGCACGGUGUCUGUACACUGCGCAGAAACUAUUGCUUGGGUGACUCAGACUUCUGCGUGUGCCUUGCUCUCCCUUUUUGCCACUUCUGCGGCAUCCUUUCUAACCAUCGCAACACACUUCUUUCCCCUUAUUGUCUUCAUCGUCUGUGUCUCGUCAGUAGAGUGCUUUUUCGAAUUCGCGUCUCGUACAGUCUCAGUCCAAGUGCUGCCUUCUUGCCCCAGGACCCGCAAGGAGUUCACGUUCAUUUGAAACCGAGCUUCCGCUCAUUGAAGUGUGUUUCCCGGCUGCUGUGCUCUAUUUUGUGGUCAAGAACAGCAAAACACGUUCAUCUGUGUAGAACGGAACGAUAUUUAUCCAGUAAGUCGGCGUAACUGAUUCGUGAAAACGUCCCUCACUGUUGUGUCGCUGUGAAAACUGGCCCCUGGAGAAGGGGCCGUUUUUGGCGCGUUCCGUCGUUUUCGCUCCCAUUUCCUGCCGAAAAUGCCGGCCGCGACGGCUCUUCCGAAUCCCUCAGUGCCGCGAGCCGCCUUGGUCGCAGCGCGUUUCCUCCGUCCUCCAGGGCGAUUUAAACGUGCAGAGCUGCGCGAGCACCCGAGAAGCAAAACAGGUGCCUUUGCGAACCUCGUCAAGACGGCGGUUAGACUAAGGGAGAAGGCUAGGGCCUUCUCCCUCGUCCCUCCUCCCAGGUUAAUUCCCAUUCCCCUCCCUGCCCGAAAGAAACACCUGGAGUCCGUCCGAGGUGUACCUACAGUUUCCUCAGACGUCCUUGCGCGACGACUUCACUUUUUGCUCGGCCCCGCAGCGAUUGAGCAACAGAAAGCGGCGAAAAUGCAGAGAGGUCUCACGCCGUACCAAACUGAACUCUUCAUGUGGGAGCGACAGAUGAGAGAAAUCCGCAAGAUUUACCGCGCUCAGUACCUCCAGAGGCUCGCGGAGGUCACGGAAGAAGAGCGGCAAAAGCAGCUUCAGCUCUACCUACAGGAGAAGCGAGAACGAAGACUCCGGCGAGAAGAGCAGCUUCAGAGGAUCUACGACGACAAGAAAAGGCGAGCUGUCUUGAAAGAUCGCAUGCGGAUCGAGAAGAAAGUCACCCAGUCCUUGCAGACGGCUCGCGUUUCUCGGCGAAAGGUUGCCCACGUUCUUUGGCUGAAGAAGCUGCAAGACUCAUCAGAUUUCCUUCAAGAGCAGGAGGAAGCUGCGCGGGGCGUCGCCGCCCUGGCACGAGCUCGGGCUAAGGAGACAGGCGAGGAGGAAGAGGAGCUCUUGGCGACGGAGAUGGCCAAGCUGAAAGAAAAUGCCUUCGUCAACUUGCCGUCUCGAAACGUGUCGGUCCCCGACCUCCUUGCUCAGUUGGGUCUUAACGACGAGAAGGUCAAGUCGAUAAAGAAAAAGAUCACGGGGACCGACAAUGUGUUCAGACACAUCAUGGAAGAAUCCUUUGCAGUCCUCCCUGAAGAUGGCCCCGAAUUUGAAGAGGACGGAGGAGUCUCCGCAAAGCAGCAGAAGUCGCAGAUUCUCUCAGAACGCCAACGGGCUGUUUUGACGUAUGCGGGUUUCACAGAGGCCGAGAAGUUGCGGCUGCUAGAUGAGAAAAUCGACAUGCUGAACAAGAAGCUCGACGAGGACUACGAGCUCAGGGGCGCGCCGCAGAACCUGGUGUAUCUACAGCUGCGCGACCACCUUCAGGCUGCAAAGAUCUCUUACCGAGAAAAGCUCUACGUCCGAGAGACUCAGAAACGGCUCCAGGAGCAGCAAGCGAAAUCUGCAUCGUCGGGAACAGGAACGUCAGAGAACGGCGACGACAAAAUCAAAGACACUCGCUAGGGGAAAUACGGGGAAAGAUGGUGCCACCCCAGUCGAAUGCUGACGCCCCGAACAGCGAAAAUUGUUUGUUGGGUCUCAUUGUCGGUAGAAAGUCAAAUGAAUGCACAGCGUGUUUGUUCCCUCUUUCCAGAUGGAGCAGCGUUGUCAGAUGUUCCCGAACCGGGGCAGAUUACUCCAGAGGGGUGUUACUGCGACCAGAAUUGUCAUACUGACGACAACACCCCCUGGGGAGACAAAAGAGAAACUGCCUCGACUCGCUGUUCCACUCCUUUCUCAGUCGAGUUCAGACGUUACAG